AUGGAAAACUCAACUAAAGUUACAGUAAAAAGUCAGCAACCAAUGCUCGUUGCCAUGCAAAAGCAAAUCAAUGCUCUGAGUAACCAACUGCGAGGUACCCAGGUAAAGUUGAAGGAAAGUGAACGCCAGUGUAAACUUCUGAAGUCCACGAUACAAGUAGAGGACGGAUCAAGGUCAAAUUCCAUUGCGACCUCAGUGGAUCCCGUUGUAGAUACCGCUACACAACCGAUAGCAGUCUUAACGCAGACAACAACGAACUCGCAGAAUAGUUCGAACAUUUCUAUGCCGUUCACGUCAGCGUAUACAGCCGCCACGCAUACGUAUACUCAGUGCCCUUAUGAAGGUACUACAUCGCCGAUCUUCACAGCCACCGCCACCUCCAUAGGUACUAUGCCUUCAACUUCAUUAGAGUCGCAGCCAUUUGUUAACGGUGGUCAUACCACAAGAGAUUGUCGCCGACGGAAAACAUGCAGAAUGAACGGUUGUCAAAGAAUACAUAACAAACUGUUACACGAGCCACCGAGGAACAUGUCAAAGCUACAAAGGGUUGAGAUUCCACCUGGACCAACCACAGCCGAUGCAGUACUCAGUUGUACAGACAGUGGUAUGAAUAAACAAAAAGUGUUGUUUAGAAUAGUUCCAGUUACAGUGCACAGUCACAAAGCUCGAAUUAAAACCUUCGCUCCACUGGUUGAAGGAUCAUCGAUAACUAUGGCCGAUUCUUCUUUGAUUGAGCAGCUCGGAGUAAAGGGUCAUCAAAGCCGAGUAUCCCUACAGUGGCUGGGUGGAAGAGCUGCUACUGAUAAUGCAACUAUCGUCGACAUCGAGAUUAGUGGUUCCAGUUCAGGCCAGAAAUAUAAGUUGCAUCAUGUCUACGGCAUCCAGGAUUUACAACUUCCGAUACAAAGUUUGCAGAAAGCUGACGUAGAUGAAGCUCGUUUGAAAAGGUUGUCGAUUCAAACGUACGACAACGCCGUUCACAAGUUGCUUAUGGGAUUAGACCACAGCCACUUGGGAAUUCCUAGUAAGAUCGAAACCCUACGAUAUAAGGGUCCUUAUGCCGCACAUACUAAAUUAGGUUGGGUCGUCUUCGGGCCGACUGAUAACUUCAGUCAAGCGAAGACGUCGUGUUUGCAUAUGUCCGUCUCGGAAGAUAAAUAUCUGCAUGAUAUGGUGGCCGAUUACUCAAGUAUCGAGAGCUUCGGUGUACGUCCAGCACCACUCGUCGAGCCUGACGAUGAUAAAAGAGCGCGCCAGAUACUCGAGUCCACGGUCACGAAGAUUAACGGACGUUUCCAAGCCGGUCUCCUGUGGAAACGAGAUAGUGUUCAGCUCCCCGACAGCUACUCCAUGGCCGAGAGAAGACUGGUCGGAAUCAAGCGCAGCCGUCUUAGGAACACGACUGCUAGAGACUAUCGUCAGAGAUCAUUCAGAUAUCAUUCAGUUGCAAUCAAAAAACGCUUGAUGUGGAGCGAUUCCAAAACUGUUCUGAGUUGGAUUGGAUCGGGAACUCGUCGCUACAAACCAUUCGUAGCACAUCGUGUCGCAGAAAUUCUCGCCGCUACCGACGCUAACGACUGGCGUUGGAUACCGUCAGAGAAGAACGUUGCUGAUGAGGCAACAAGACCAAGUACGACAUUCGAUAGUCAUCCAACUUCGCGAUGGCUAAAUGGGCCGUCAUUUUUAACGGAAGAAGAAGUAGCCUGGCCUACGUCUGAAGGAAUCCCUGAUCUGUUAGAAGAGUGUGAAGAGCUUCGCCCGAAAUUUGUAAUGCUAGCCGCGCCGUCAUGUGUUAUAGACAUGACAAGAUUUUCAAGUUUAACUAAGCUAAAGCGAACGGUCGCUUGGGUCAUCCGAUUUAUGGAUUUGUGUCGUCACAAAAAAGUGGAAGGGUGCCUGAACGCCGAGGAAUUAAAAGUAGCCGGAAUUUUCCUAUGCCGCCUUGCCCAAUCUGCCUCGUACUCACUUGAGAUUAAUCAAUUGAAAGAAGGCGGAAAUGUAGAGAAGGGGUCUGAGUUAUACACACUCUCCCCGUUUAUCGACACGGAAGGUGUUAUGCGUGUUAGCGGACGUAUAGAUGCUGCCAGCUGGCUUCCGUAUGAUACCACGCGACCUAUCAUCCUAGCACCAAAUCAUGAUCUCACUCGCUUGCUGCCGAUCUUUCGACAGAUGCAUGCACCUCAUCAAUCGUCGCGGUAUGCCAGGAAGGAUUCGUAG